AUGCUCAAGUUCGUCGCUGUUAUUGCCUUGUCUGCCGUUUGCUUCGCUGAUGACCUGUACAAGCCAGCUUACAAACCAGCCUACAAGGAAGCUUCUUAUGACGACCACCCAAAGUACAACUUUGACUGGGCCGUGAAGGACGACUACACCUACAACAACUAUGGCCAGACUGAGAGCCGAGAUGGAUACAACACCGAUGGCUCCUACUUUGUGACCUUACCCGACGGCAGGAUCCAGACUGUGAAAUACUACGUCAAUGGAGACUCUGGCUACGUGGCUGAGGUCACCUACUCAGGAGAGGCCAAAUAUGACUCUGCCUACAACAAGCCUUCUUAUGCCCCGGCCCCGUACAAGGCUGAGGCCAGCUACCACAAGCCCGCCUACGCCCCAGCCCCCUACAAGUCCGAACCGGCCUACAACAAGCCUGCCUACCAUGCUGAACCUGCCUAUGCACCAGCACCCUACAAGGCAGAGCCCACUUACAACAAGCCUUCUUACAAGCCUGCUUACAAGCCAGCUUACAAGCCCGCUUAUGCACCAGCGCCCUACAAGGCCUAA